AAAAGAAAAAAAAAAAAAGAGGAAGAAGAAAAACUUAUUAAUUUUGUAUAAAAUAUUUUAGAUCGAGAUUUUAUUAAAUUUUUUUCGCGAAAUUUGUCCGGAAAUCCCUAAAAAAAAAAGGGAACCCUAAAGUUUCUCUCUUUGAAAAUUCCCAAUUUUCUCUCUGUCGAGUUCUCUCUCUCUCUCUCUCUCUCUCUCUCUGUGUUUCUUCGAUUCGUGCGUUCUUAGGGUUUCGAUGGUGUGAAAUCGGAGCGAGGGGUGUGAGAUUUGGAAGGAUCUAGGGUUACAAAGCGAGCAACAAUGGCGACUUCGGAUACGGAGCUCGAGGAGCAGCUUCUGCAAGCUGGGAAUAGGCUCGUGGACCCUCCGUCGUCCGUGGAUGAGCUUCUCCCUCUCCUCGACCGAGUAGAGAACUGUCUAUCAAGAGUGGAACAGUCUCCCUCCAAAUCAAUGCAAAGUGCACUUUCUCCUUCACUGAAAGCAUUGGUUGCUGAUAAACUUUUUAGACACUCAGACGUUGAUGUAAAAGUUGCAGUUGCCUCUUGCAUCAGUGAAAUAACAAGGAUAACUGCACCUGAUGCUCCUUAUGAUGAUGACCAAAUGAAGGAGAUCUUUCAGUUGAUUGUAUCUUCAUUUGAAAAUCUAUCUGACAAUUCCAGUCGGUCAUAUACAAAGAGGACCUCGAUUCUUGAAACUGUUGCUAAGGUCAGGUCAUGUGUGGUGAUGUUGGAUCUUGAAUGUGAUGCACUGAUCCUUGAGAUGUUCCAGAAUUUCCUGAAGGCAAUAAGGGACUAUCACCCAGAGAAUGUCUUUUCAUCUAUGGAGACAAUUAUGACCCUUGUUAUAGAAGAAAGUGAAGAUAUUUCUCUAGAGUUACUCACUCCCAUCUUAGACAGUGUGAAAAAGGACAAUGAGGAAGUUCUGCCCCUAGCUCGGAAGUUGGCGGAGAGAGUGCUUGAAAGCUGCACUACUAAAGUUAAACCUUAUUUGAUUCAAGCAGUGAAAACCUUGGGAAUAUCUUUUGAUGAUUAUAGUAAAGUUGUUGCUUCAAUAUGCCAAGAGACAUCUGGUGCCGAUGAGCAGAAUGAAGUCCACGCUGCUGGCAAAGAUAUGGCUGAUGAGAGCAAGUCAGUUGGGGCAUCUUUGGAUGAGUCAGCCCCAGAGGAUAAAGAGAAAGCAACGGCAGUUGUUUCUUCUGAACAAGUUGAUCCUGCCAUUCAGAGAUCUCCCAACUUGGUGAUGAGCAAUGGUGUUGCAGAGACUGGGGAAGAUGACUCUUUGCCACAUUCAAAUUCUGAAAAGAAGCAAGAGCAUGAUCAUCAUACUGAUCAGUCCAAAAGUAUGAAUACAUCGAGCAAUGUUGAACCUGAUAGUUUGGAGACUGAGAAGGAAAUAAAUACAGAACUUAAGCCAGAAGAAACUACUAAGAAAAGAGGAAGAAAAAUCAGUUCUUCAGCGAAAUCAACUGAUCCUUCUGACAGUUCUCUUAUUGAUGAUGAGGUGGAAACUGAAAAACUGCCUGAGAAUAAAAGUCACAGUGAGGAUGUGCCUAGUUCACCUGUUAAGGACCCAUCUGUUGAGGCAGCUGGGUCUACAGAAAAUGAAAAAGAAGCUGGUAUUAAGCUAUCCUCACCUAAGGCUUUGGAGAAUGAAUCUGGGAAUGUUGUUUCUCAAUCCCCAAGUGGAAGCCAUCCAGAUGAAAGUCAUUCCAAAAAGGCAGGUGGACGACAAAAGAAAAAAGGGAGCUUGAAUAAGGAGGCUACCCCAUCUGCAGACGAUGUUUCCAAAAAAGCAUCUGAAGGAACAAGUGAUUCGGAAAUAAAACCAAAUAGACGUUCAGGGAAAAAGGUGCCCGGGGACGUUUCUAAUGAGAAUAAAACUCCAACUGCAGUUGAUGCAUCCAAAAAGGAAAGUGCCAGCAUAAGUUAUUCAGAGGCAAAACCAUUGAAGCAGUCAGCUAGGAAGGUAGAUGGAAGCAGUAAGAUUGGUGAUGGACCACCUUCAAAGCAGCUAGAGGACACGAAAAAGCGUGGACGAGGAAAAACUAUUUCUGAAAAGGAUGUAACAAAAUCCUCCUCUAAAGAUAAUGACAAAAAAAUGGUCACUUCACCAAAGUCACUGACAAAAUCAACUAAAGAUGAUCGUAGCUUGGAGGAGACCCCUAAGGCAAAUUCCAAGAGGAAGCGUACUCCAGACAAGGAAAAAGACUCUGAUGGUUAUGGUGAGAACUUGGUUGGUUCAAAGAUUAAGGUCUGGUGGCCGAAGGAUCGGAUGUUUUAUGAAGGUGUUGUUGAUUCUUUUGUUUCUGAAACAAAAAAGCAUAAGGUCUUAUAUACUGAUGGUGAUGAAGAAACAUUAUAUCUUAAGAAGGAAAAGUGGGAGCUCAUUGGAGGCGACUCUGGGUCAGAUGGGGAACAAGCAACUGAUCACCGAAGUCCUGAUGCUCCCACUAAAACGUCCUCGAAGAAGAAACUGAAAAUAAUUUCUGAUGAGUCAACUAAGCAUGGAAAGAUGGAUGCUUCACCCAAAAAGGGUGGAGGUGCUUCCUCCAGCAAGUCCAAAGGUACAUCUUCAAAAUCUGAUCGGAAGUCUCGUGGUGGCAAGUCGAAAGAGGACUCCCUCAGGACUCUAAGCAAAUCAGAAGAUGUCAGUAGUGGCAAAUCUAAGGAUCAUGCACCUAGAAGUGGCAGUAGUAAAUCAGUUGAUGCUACUCCUAAAUUGGCUGGGAAAUCCAAGAACAGUGAUCCCGAGAUACCCAAGACUGGCAAAUCCAAGGAUGAUGAUAGCGGCACACCGAGAACUUCCACAAAAUCCAAGCAAGAUAUUGUAAAGACUGGAAAGUCCAAGCAGGACACGCCCAAGAGUGCCUCCAUUUCCAAAGGCAAAACCCCCAAAAGUGGUGGUAAGUCUAGUGCUAAUAAUGGUACUGGCAAGGUGAAGUCUGGUUCUUCAUCAAAGACGAAAGAGAGUGAGGAUACGAAGGAAAACUCAAGUGAUUCUGCUAAGGUGCCUGAAAGUACAGCAAAGGGGAAGUCGCCAAAUUCAUCAAAAGGACAGGGAAGUGACAACAAAAGUGGGAAGAAGCGACGAAGGGGGGCUAAAAGUUGAUAAAAUUUGCUUUUCUCUUUAUCUCUGAAGCCUGUUUUGUCUUCUCUCCUUUUUUAUAUAAUAGUCAAAUCUUCCUACCACCAGCUUCUGCAGCUUUGUUUGAUACUCAGCGCUGCAGUUAACAUAAGCUGUCAAUUAGGUAUUCUUCAUCAUCUUUUGACAUAAUUGCCAGAUUGUGACUAGCUUGUAAUCCACAGGUAGCCUAGUUUAUAGUGGUUUUUGCUAGGGUUUAGUUAGCUUUGCUCUACAUUCUUGUUUUUAGAUUGAAUUUCGUGUUAUUUGGGAGACAGCAGUAGAAAACUUUGCUUAGCUUUGUUCGAGAAAUGGUUUUUAUAGGCAGUGUAAUAGAUUCAAAACUUGGCUGGCACAA